UUCGAUUAAAUUGCAAAAAUUAAUCGAUUAUAGUAAUGAAAUGAUUAGUCGCUACCAUUCCUAAUCUUAUUUGAAAAACGGUACAUUGGUUGCGGCGAAAAGUUUUGCUUCCAUAAUUUGUGCAAGGCAUCAAUAGUGCGGAUUAUAUGGAUUAACUAUUAAUUUAAUUGUGGUUCAUCAUUUUUAAACAUCAGCGACAAAAGUACUGAGAAUACAUAUCUGGUGACAAAAUCGCAAUGGAUAUUGACUACGACUUGUACGACUACAAACUAGUAAAGUUUCUUGAAGAGUCUGUCGACGUGGUCCUGCCACAUGUCAUCGACAUAGUUUACAAAGAUUGGGUCUACUUCAAUACUAAACUGGGUGUCUGCGAAACACGUUUUCCACCUUCGCCAUACGGAGCCAUAAAGAGCAAAUAUUUAUUUAAAAAACUGAUUGAAAAAUCAGAAGCACCCGCAAAUUGGGAAUCAUAUGAAAUCGAAAUUGUCGGUCAUGCAAAAUCGUACAAUGAAGCACUUGAGCGACUACAAGAAUUAAGGAAGAAAUCAUUUGCUUUCACUGACAAUGAAAAUGCUUCCAAGAAAUCCGAAGCUAUGAAACGAGAACUUCAACGCCGGGCAAACGCUGCAGCUUUGAAUGAAAAGAAAGCAGACGAACACUUUAGUGAUAAUGUUUGUUCUUUGAGCGAAAUAGAGACAGAGGCGGAUGAACCAUCCUCAAGCAAAAGGAAAGAUAAACAAUUUAUUUCCAAAUUUAAGAAUCCAAAUCGAAAAAGACGAUGCCACAAUUUUCAAGUUCACCUGAAGCCUCUCCUGCUAAAGAUCAUCAAAAAGUCUGAAGCAUCGCAAAGUUUUAUACAGUGGUGAAAAAAUCGUUGCAAGUUCGUACGAAGUGAGAAGCGAGAACUUAAAUACUCUUUCCAAUGCAACAACAUCCCAAAAAUCAAACAGCCCCAAAGUAACCUAUAAUCAAGUUUCAAAUUAUAAUGUUUUGAUGGAAAUUCUGAAAAAGCAAACUGGAAUCGAAACCGAAAUAAAAUUUUUACGGUCUGAACUUCGAGAAGUGAUGGAAUUAAUCAACGCAUUUCAGAAUAGUGAUUAUUCGGCCAGAUGUCAUGAAAAUGGUCAUCGCGUGAUAUCAAAUAUUCAUUCCUUUAUUGAGAAAUAUGACAUCGAGUUACCAGUCUCUGUUGAGCAAAACUUAACCACGUUGAACCAAAAAUUAAUGGAAGAUGAUUUGUUCUGCGCAGAUUUCGUAAGUUUUGGACAAGCUUUGUUUCUUUGCACCUUGUAGCAACUAGUAAACUACACUCACAAAGAGAGGCAAGAAGGAAGAACGAGCAAAAUAUAAGAAACCGAAAACUAGUAGAGAUUAAAAUUGGCUAUCAUGAGUCUCUUUAAUCGACGCAAAACACUUGCAGUAAAUUUAGCGAAUAUUAUUAAAAACAUAAUUUCCCGCCGAAUUGCCAUGAAAUACACAGCUGUAAGAAAAAGUCCGGAGAAACAGAUUUUCAAAAAGGAACACAAUAAAAUUUACAGCAUCAUAUUCGAUUUUAUUAAUACGACAAGAAAAGAAGAUGAACAUAUUUGUGAUCAAGAAUUCGCAAAUUUACUGGGUUCGUGUCUGACGAACGCGAAAGACUGGGACGGACAAAGGAAAAACAGAAGAUCAGGCGUUCAAGAAUAAGCAAACGCAAAAAACAAAAUUCAACUUUGUACUUAAUUACAAUAAUAAUCAUAUUCUCAAAAAAAGCA